CAUAAUCUCAAAAUGUGUAGAAGUUCGUCGUUCAUAGUGUUGAUGUUCCUUCUUGUGGUGGUGGUGGCGGCGGUGAUGGGUCGUGAAAUCCUCAUCGACGAUGACAGUCCUGUCGUCGUCAAAACAAACGCUGUCACGGAGGCUGGAGAAACGGAUGAAACUGUCGGAUCCUCUGUGUGUCACAUGGAAUAUCAGGUCGUUAAGAGGGUGGUGGGAAGGUGCAUCAAAUUAGGGAGGGCAGCUCGUGGCUGCGUCGCCGGAAACUACCUUCAUCCGUUCCAUCCGGAGUGCAUGUGAAGAAUCUUCUAGCACAGAUGCUGCCUCCAUCUCUAAGGCCGACCGCGAUUCACCAGGAAACGACGCUUUACACUUGGUGCUCACUGAAUGUCUUCUUCCAAUUAUAAUCAAUUUCUGAUUAACAAAUCGUUAAACUAAUGAAUAAAAAUUUCUACAUGAAAACAAGA